GCCAUAUAGAAGCCCACUACUAUACUACCUUGGUGGCCGUUGACAACUAACCAAUAUCCGUUUUGUUACACAGAUUUCCAAUUGCUUUUUAAAACUCUCGCCUCUAGCCAGCUAUGAAAAUGCCAAAUCUUAAGGCCAUGGAGAUAUGGAAUGGGCGGCAAGGGCUAGCUGCACUCUUCAAAUAUCAGCCAGAGGGAGAUGAACAAUCUGCUAUGGUAAGCUUGAGAGGAACAUGGUAUUUCGUCCUGCAGCCUCCUGUAAUCUAGGUUUGGGAAGCCGUCGCGCACAAGUAUCAUGGUAAUGGAUCCGUCAUUGCCAAAGAAUUGCUAGAUGCCAAUGCUGUCAAUGUCAUGGAGAUGCAAUCUAUCAUUUGAAGGUUUCAAAACUAGCAAUUCGGUCAGUUUCGUUGCGGCAGAUUCGAAUUGAGCACAAAGUUUGAGAAGAAGUGCUCAGUCGAUCGGAAAUGGCUACCCAUUUUAGUAAUAACUGAGGAAAUAUCUAUUAUAUAUAUAUUAAUUAUAAUUUCUUAGAAAAAUUAUAAUCUUGC